AUGCUGCAAGGGAUAUGCUGCAAGGGAUAUGCUACAAGGGAUAUGCUGCAAGGGAUUUGCUGCAAGGGGUAUGCUGCAAGGGGUAUGCUGCAAGGGGUAUGCUGCAAUGGUGGAUGUUGCAAGGGAUAUGCUACAAGGGAUAUGCUGGAAGGGGUAUGCUGCAAGGGAUAUGCUGCAAGGGGUAUGUUGCAAGGGGUAUGCUACAAGGGAUAUGCUGCAGGGGAUAUGCUGCAGGGGGUAUGCUGCAAGGGAUAUGCUGCAAGGGUGGAUGCUGCAAGGGUGGAUGCUGCAAGGGUGGAUGCUGCAAGGGGUAUGCUGCAAGGGGUAUGCUGCAAGGGGUAUGCUGCAAGGGAUAUGCUGCAAGGGGUAUGCUGCAAGGGGUAUGCUGUAAGGGAUAUGCUGCAAGGGAUAUGCUGCAAGGGGUAUGCUGCAAGGGGUAUGCUGCAAGGGAUAUGCUGCAAGGGAUAUGCUGCAAGGGAUAUGCUGCAAGGGGUAUGCUGCAAGGGAUAUGCUGCAAGGGGUAUGCUGCAAGGGAUAUGCUGCAAGGGAUAUGCUGCAAGGGAUAUGUUGCAAGGGAUAUGCUGCAAGGGAUAUGCUGCAAGGGGUAUGCUGCAAGGGAUAUGCUGCAAGGGGUAUGCUGCAAGGGAUAUGCUGCAAGGGAUAUGCUGCAAGAGUGGAUGUUCCAAGGGGUAUGCUGCAAGAGGUAUACUGCAGGGGUAUGCUGCAAGGGGUAUGCUACAAGGGCCUCAGAUGAGACAAAGGGAGAUUCAAAAUAUACUUCGUCACCUUAACAGUAGCAAGAGGCUAGAGAAUGCCACUAGAGACCGCUAG